AUGAGCUCACGAACCCGUCGCAUAUCGCAAGAUUCACAAGAAAACCAAAUCAUUGAAGAGAGAAUUGUCAAGGUCAACGGAGACGUCGCAAUUAAGUCUUACACCAAAGGCAGAUUCCUCGGGAAAGGGGGGUUUGCCAAGGUGUACGAAUUUUUGUCCCUGGACACUAAACAAGUUUUCGCAGCCAAAGUCAUCCCUAAGGCUUCUCUUUCUAAAGCAAGGGCAAGGCAAAAGUUGAUGAGCGAAAUUAAAAUCCACCGGUCUUUGCACCAUACCAAUAUAGUUCGUUUCGAGCAUUUUUUUGAGGACGACGAAAACGUUUAUAUACUGCUCGAGCUCUGUGCCAACCAGACUCUUAAUGAGCUGAUGCGCAGAAGGAAGCGGCUGACAGAAAUUGAAGCCCAGUGCUACCUGUCGCAAACAAUUUCUGCAUUAAAGUACUUGCAUGAACAUAGAGUAAUUCAUAGGGAUAUCAAGCUGGGAAAUUUGUUUUUGACUGACAAAAUGGAGCUGAAAUUAGGGGAUUUUGGCUUGGCGACCAAGCUGGAGUUUGAUGGGGAGAGGAAAAGGACGAUCUGUGGGACGCCGAAUUAUAUCGCCCCAGAGGUGCUGGAUGGAAAGCAAGGCCACAGCUAUGAAGUCGAUGUAUGGAGCCUUGGAGUGCUUGCAUAUACUUUAUUAGUAGGAAAGCCGCCUUUUGAGACGUCAGAUGUGAAGACUACUUAUAGAAGAAUAAAGAUGAAUGCCUACGCAUUCCCUGACCAUGUCUCAGUAUCUGAUGAGGCAAAAUCAUUGAUUUCGAUGAUGCUUACUAAUGACCCUGCUAUGAGGCCAACACUAGACCAGGUGCUGGAGCAAUCCUUUUUUACGAAAAACGUAAUUCCUAAAUUAAUGCAAGCUGGGACAUUGGCUAUUCCACCUUCGUCAAGCUAUAUAAAGCAAUUCGAGCUCCCAACCCAAGCUAUCAGAGGCCGCCCAGAAUCUGCAAAAAUGCAGUCUAAAACAGCGAGGUCUUCAUCAUUAACUCCGACAGACAAUGAAAAUGGCAAGACAACCACAAGGGAAGGGACUGCAACUGCUCGUGGAGGGUCAAGAGGCAGCUCUCGUGAAAGGACUCCGGAGCUGGGAGCAAGUGGGAAUACGGCAAGGAAAACAGCUUGCUAUUCUUCUUACAUUCCGCCUGAUAAUGGAGAAGGUCCUCAAGUUUGGGUAAAAAGCUGGGUUGACUACUCAAGCAAAUAUGGUUUAGGAUAUUUAUUUUCAAAUUCCUGUGUGGGAGUCUUCUUUAACGACUCCACUAAAAUAAUUGCAGACCCAGCUGGCUCCUUUUUCCAGUAUAUCCAUAGAACAGGCCGCUCAAGAGAUGAAGAAAUUACGACGUACACCCUCGAUACUUUUCCAGACGAGCUAAAAAAGAAAGUUACAUUACUGCAGCAUUUCAGAAAGCAUUUAUCUAAGGAUGAGCCUUCUACAAAGCUGGAUAUGACUCAGCCUUUGAUUUAUGUCAAAAAAUGACUCACGACAGCCCAUGCUAUUUUGUUCAGGUUAAGCAAUAAAGUAGUCCAGGUAAAUUUCCAGGACAAGACAGAACUAAUAUUGUGCAGCGAAAGCAAAGUGGUGACUUAAAGGUUAAGUUAGGUUAGGUCAGGCUAGAUUAAGUGAUUAAAGUCAGGCUCAGCCAUAUUAGUGACGCAGCCAUCAAAGACCUCCCAUAUAGGCGAUUCAACCGCUUUUCGACUCCAGCCCAGAAGGUCUUUUCCUGGAAGGUGGAUGCCACUUCUGGUAUAUUCUGUCUCCUCCUUGCCUUGAGGCUUACGUCUUGAGUAGACGGCUUAUAGAUUUCUGCAGCCCUGCUACGGGCGAUUGGAGUACCUUGAUUGCAAGGAUUCUUGGAGUCUAUCGGUUGUUGAAGUGCCUUCUUUCGAUAGCUACAGAAAAAGACUCUACUCCAGUUUCUAGGUAGAGGAAUGCCCAUGGGCCCUCGUAUUCAAAUGACGUUGUUGAGCACCUUCGCUUACAACCACAGGAAAGCAGCCAAAACCUACCAGGAUAUACAUUUUUGAGGCUGCACUUAAUUCUCGGCUUGCAGUCAAUCCAGCUCACUGUAGGAAUGUCUGGACUGUGCGCAAAGAGGGCAAGUUGACACAUGUCGCCGUUUUAAUUAUAUUGGUGACUUUAGGUAUGAGGUAAAAUUACAGUAAAUUUUUCUUAUGAAAUUAUCUGCUUUUUAAUCUAAAACUAGAUCUUUUAUUCCAUUUUACAGAAAAAAAUUAUUGUAAUUUGCCUGGAAAAUUUAUGUAUACCCAGUGACUUAUAUGAACAAGCUAGGAGAAAGAAGCGUGUAUCCUUUAAAUACAGCAAUGGAAAGCGGAAAUAACGAGAUGACAAAGAGACUGAGAUACACGAAAGAAGUUCUGACAAACAUGCUACAGCCUCAGCAGAGCGCUGGAACUGGAGAAUACAGGCCUCCAAUCACUGACCGUGAGAUAAUAUAA